AUGGCUGCGGUCUCUCCGGAAUGGCUCAGCGAGCUCGGCUCCGAGGCUCCCACAGAGGCGCAAUGGGAGCUAAUCGAGCGCGUCUUCUUUGCACCGCGUGGCUUCUUCGCCGAUCAGACCGACGCGAGGGCCGCGGCCGCGUCGUUUCGAGAAUUCUACACGCACUACGAUCCGCAGUACAAACUAAACUUUUCGAUCCUCGACCCUGCGGGCUCGGCCAGCGACCCUCACGGCCUCGACCGACCCGAGGUUUCCGCCGCCGCUGCUCGCGUCGGCCUCCGCCGCGAGAGGCUCAAGGCUGUGCGGCUGCUCUUUCACAUGCACGAGGACUUUGCGCAGAAGAAGAGCCUCGCCGCCCUCCGCAAGAGCGCCGCCGACCGCGCGGCUCUCCCGGUGACGCGGUACGCGCCCCAGCUCCUCGACCACUUGCGCAGCGGACAGGUCCUCCUCGUGGUGGGCGCGACAGGGUGCGGAAAGUCGACGCAGGUGCCGCGGCUGCUGCUCUCGGCCGGCUUCGGCAAGGUGGUGUGCACGCAGCCGCGCCGCCUCGCUGCUGUCUCGCUUGCGCGCCGCGUCUCGCUCGAGUCGCACUGCCGCAACGGCGCCGACGUCGGCCACCAGGUUCGCUUCGAGGGCGUACGCUCGGGCGGGACGCGGCUGCUCUUCGUGACAGAGGGGGUGCUGCUGCGCCAGCUCGAGUCGGACCCGGACCUCAGCGAGUGGGACGCGGUGCUGCUGGACGAGGUGCACGAGCGACACUCGUCCACCGACCUCCUCCUCGGCCUGCUGCGCCGCCUGCUCCCCCGCCGCCCUUCGCUGCGGCUCGUGCUGAUGAGCGCAACACUCGACGAGGAUGCGCUCUCCGCCUUCUUCGGCGGCGCGCCCGUGCUGCACGUCCCCGGCCGCACGCACCCGAUCGACGUGCGGCACGGCGGACCGCACCGGAUGCUCAAGUCGCGCGCCAAGGAGCUGCUCAGCGCGCCUCUCCUCCUGCGCGACACGCGCUCGUCUGUGUCGCAGCUGCUAGCCCCCGCUGGAUCCGCUGCCGAGUACCCUGCGGCGGAGCGAGGCGACGCCCUCGUCUUUGCGCACGCCGCCGCCAGCGGCAAGUGGAUCGUGCUGCCCCUCCACGCGUCGCUGCCGGUCGAGGCGCAGGAGCGUGUAUUCGAUGUGCCGCCGCAGGGCGUGCGCAAGGUCGUCCUCGCAACAAACGUCGCCGAGACCAGCGUCACCAUCGACGGCAUCCGCUUCGUCGUCGACUCCGGCGCCGUCAAGGAGAUGAGCUUUGACCCGCACUCGAGGCUCGAGGCGCUGCUGCCGUGCUGGAUCCUGCGCGCGCCGCUCGCCUCGACGGUGCUCCACAUCCUUGCGCUCGGAGUCGCCGACGCAAGGCGGUUCCCGUACCUCUCCCCGCCGCCCGCCGCGCUCCUCGAUGACGCGCUCGCGACGCUGCAUGCGCUCGGCGGCACCGACUCCGAGGGGAGGCUCACCGCGCUCGGCCGCGUGCUCGCGCGACUCCCCGUCGACCACCACCACGGGAAGAUGCUGCUGCUGGGCGUGCUGCUCGGCCGCGCGUCGCUGCUGCUCACCGUCACCGCCGCGCUCGCCGUCGCCUCGCCCCUCGGCCGCAUGCCGCUCGACAUGGCGACGGGGCAGCUCGCCCCCGAGGCGGCCGCGCGCGGGUCGCUGCUCUCGCCGCUCGGCGACCCCUUCACCCUGCUCUGCCUCUUCGACGGCUGGAUGGUGCGGCUGCAGUACGAGGUGCUGCGGCCGAGGGACGUGACGCGAGGCGGGACGGCGGCGCUGCCCGCGCGCGAGACGGCGCUGCUGCAGGCGCUGCUCGUCCUCGGCCUGUACCCGAACGUCGCCGUGCCCGACCCGCGCAACGGGAGCCGCAGCCGGCCAGAGCAGCUCUACCACACCGCGCGCGUGCCCGACCUCCUCGUCUACGCCACGCUCCUUCGGACCAAGAAGACGUACCUGACCGGCGCCGCCGCAGUCAGUGCGCUGCCGGCGCUGCUUUUGUGCGCAGUGCGCGUCGACGCGAGCGAGGACUGCACGCGGCUUCUGGUGGACAACUGGCUCUGCGUCGACCUGCCGAGCGAGUCGGAGCGCGCCGCCGCCCUCGUCGGCGAGGCGCAUGCGCUGCGGCGGGGCCUGUCCCGGCUGCUACGGGCGCGGCUGCCGCAGGCAGGCUGCGAGGCGCCGCUUUCCGACCUGCCGUCGCGGCUUCGCCGCCGCCUCGACGCCUCGCCGCUGGUGCCGCUCCGUGAGAUGGCGCGCUCGGAGCGCGAGCCGGGCAGCCUGCCCGGCUUGGACGGCGAGGCGCUCGCCGAACGGCUCGCCCAGUUCUUCUUGGCCGCGCCGCCGCGGCACAGCCUGCGAUCGGUGCCGCGCUCGCAGCUCGCCUCGCUCUUCCGCGCGGCGGACGCCUUGCAAGAGGAGAUCGCCGCGGGACGCUCGCUCGGCGCUUCUUUCGACGCGUGCAAGGGCGGGGCCCUCCUCACGCCUUGGUUCUGCUGGGCGUCGGCGCGCGCCGAGGCAGCCGACUCGGCGGGGUAUAGCGCGCACAUGAAGCGGCACACGCGCUGCAGCCAAUGCGGCGCCGCCCUCAUCGUCUCGCUCGCGGAGCUGCGCGCCCACCAGGCGUCCGAGGCUUGCCGCGAGGCGGCUGCCGCGAGGGCGGCCGACGAAGGAGGGGCGGCCGACGAAGGGGCGGCCGAUAGGGAGGCCGAGGGGGCUGCCGACGCAUCUGGGCCCGGCCAGCUCCCAGAGGAGGCGGAGGGCGCGAAUGCGCGGACUCGCUACGCUUGCGACCUCUGCGAGAAGGAGUUCCUCUUCACGGCGACCGAGGUCCUCAGACAUGUCGCUCGGCAUCGGCAGGAGGCGGACGCAGAGCCGGAUGUCGGUUAGAGGGAUGCUUUUGUGGUGCUACUGGUGGGUGGGGUGCCAGUGAAAGGACGAAUGUCCUCUCGGUCCCGAGAAGGAAGAAGGGAGAGAAAUAACGG